UCCUAACUCUAAUCUGUCUUAUCUCCACACUACUCCAUAUAUUUCCUGUGUCUUCUAAAACAUUCCACCCCAUCAUUACUUCAGCAUGGCCACACUUCCUUCCUAUACGCUUUACAAAUAUCUCCCUUUCACCACUGCCCACUGAUGCCUUCAACCUCCUCUAUAAACACUCCCCUCGGCCAAUUUUUGUGUUACCCCAAUACUCCCUCAUUUACGCUCGGUUUGCAUCUAUAAACGCCUCCUUGACAAAGCUCUUUCUUAAUCCUGCCAUCCCCCAGACCUCCCUCCUGUCGUCAUUCUAUCCCUCCUCCAACUUUUGCCUCUGAAGCUCUAUCUUCCUGCCCAGCCUGGCCCACGAUUCGCAAUCAGUCUCAUCUCUUCCCCUCGGACUGCCUGCCACCAUGUUCCCCUGAGCCUCCCAGGAGGGGGCUCAGGGGGCCCAAUGGCCUCCCGCCCCCUGUGGCCCCACAGCCCCUGUGGGCCGGGGGAAGCGCCUCGAAAGCCCCAGUGCCGAGGAUGGGCAACCGCACGUGGGAGGGCUGCCACGUGGACUCCCGCGUGGACCACCUCUUCCCGCCGUCCCUGUACAUCUUCGUCAUUGGCGUGGGGCUGCCUACCAACUGCCUGGCCCUGUGGGCUGCCUACCGCCAGGUGCGGCAGCGCAACGAGCUGGGCGUGUACCUGAUGAACCUCAGCAUCGCCGACCUGCUCUACAUCUGCACGCUGCCUCUGUGGGUCGACUAUUUCCUGCACCACGACAACUGGAUCCACGGGCCUGGCUCCUGCAAGCUCUUUGGGUUCAUCUUCUACACCAACAUCUACAUCAGCAUCGCCUUCCUGUGCUGCAUCUCCGUGGACCGCUACCUGGCCGUGGCCCACCCACUGCGGUUCGCCCGCCUGCGCCGGGUCAAGACGGCCGUGGCCGUGAGCUCCGUGGUCUGGGCCACGGAGCUGGGCGCCAACUCGGCGCCCCUGUUCCACGACGAGCUCUUCCGUGACCGUUACAACCACACCUUCUGCUUUGAGAAGUUCCCCAUGGAGGGCUGGGUGGCCUGGAUGAACCUCUACCGGGUCUUCGUAGGCUUCCUCUUCCCCUGGGCCCUCAUGUUGCUGUGCUACCGGGGCAUCCUGCGGGCCGUGCGGGGCAGCGUGUCCACGGAGCGCCAGGAGAAGGCCAAGAUCAAGCGGCUGGCGCUCAGCCUCAUUGCCAUCGUGCUGGUCUGCUUCGCGCCCUACCACGUGCUCCUGCUCUCGCGCAGCGCCGUCUACCUGGGCCGCCCCUGGGACUGUGGCUUCGAGGAGCGUAUCUUCUCAGCGUACCACAGCUCGCUGGCCUUCACCAGCCUCAACUGUGUGGCGGACCCCAUCCUCUACUGCCUCGUCAACGAGGGCGCUCGCGGCGACGUGGCCAAGGCCCUGCACAACCUGCUCCGCUUCCUGGCCAGCGACAAGCCCCAGGAGAUGGCCAACGCCUCCCUCACCCUGGAGACCCCGCUCACUUCCAAGAGGAACAGCGUGGCCAAGGCCCUGGCAGCCGGCUGGGCGGCAGCUCCGCCCAGGCGGGGGGACCAGGUGCAGCUGAAGAUACUCCCGCCGGCACAGUGAACCUCAAAUCAUGCAGAGCCCCCUCCUCAAAUCUCAUCUCACACCCCCUUCCGUUUUGGUCUGGUGUAUGCAAAUUGUAUGUAAAUAAGGCUGUGUUAAUAUUCACUAGAAUAUAAAAAAAAUAGGAAAA